AAAUGUUUUUUUUUAAAAUUGCUUUUUGUUCAAAUCAGAUGCUUUACACAAUUGUUUCUGCAUAUGUCACUAUAGACAAAGCGCCGUACCGAUAGUAUAGUGCGACCAUAUGUCCUCCAUGGUUGCCUUUUAUGCCCUUUCAUUCUUUUGUCAUCUCUUGUGAAUGUCAUUAAGGAGAGUGUUGAUGAGAGACAAUGGCUUGACUACACUCUAGUAAAACAGCUGUUCUGUUGUUGAAAUAGAACCUAUUCAGGGCUGACAUCUGAUCGUCAACCACACUUUAUUAUAAAACUAACAUUUUUAUUUAUUUAAAAAAAAUAGCUUUUCUCUGUUGAAAAGAAUGAAUUCAGUUGAGUUAUAAAGAUAAAUGCUCACAUGAAUCGUGGAGAAAGUUUUUCAAUGAUUUAUCUUGGUUUGAGGGUUUUUUUCUUUUUUAACAUCACAAAAACCUCACAUUUAACAUUGGGUGUGUAGACUUUUUAUAUCCACUGUACAACCACAACAGUAAAGGUAGUGUGAAAGUGACCAUUUCUUACGGCGAUUAUUCGCUUUUUAAAAGCAAAAUAGUUGAUGCAGCGAUUGUAUUUGAUCAUUAGAUCAGAAAGUACAGCUGUCACGACAAAACGAAUGAAUGCGUGCAAUAUCAGAGGCACGCGAUCGCUCUCCUACCUCACAAUGGACAAUAACGUGCCGUUGAACAGGCUGUUUUUUACGGUGGGUUUUUAUGGUCAGGGCGGAGCAAAUUUUAGUGCGGUGUCCAAAUAAGAUUGAGGAGAAAAACACUGAGCGCAAAGUGGUUAGUGUCACUGCAUUUUCAUUUGAGAAGUUGCACAUGAACCUUUGAGAUGACUUCAGGGAGCAGGGUAGCGCUCAGUGACUCUCCAGCUGAGCUGUAUUUUACUGCAUGUGAAUCUUUCCGUCACAGGGUCAAAAGGGAGAUGGAUGAGCAGACUGACUGGCGCAAACAGGAGUUAAGUGUUGGCGAAGUUCAUCAGAAGGUCAAGGAGUACAAUGCUCAGAUUAACAGCAAUCUCUACAUGGUGGUGAAUAAAGAUGGCUCCUACACUGGUUUCAUUAAAGUCCACUUUCAACUAGUCCGUCCCAUCACCCUGCCACCUCCCCGGAGCCCCACCCAGGAAGAGCACGAGUACAGCCGGCGGCUGACGCGACGGACAUCGUUCUAUCUCCCCAAAGACACUGCAAAGCACCUGCACAUAAGCUCCAAAACACGGGUACGAGAAGUCAUCGAGGCCUUGCUCAAUAAAUUCACAGUUGUGGACAAUCCAGCCAAGUUUGCCCUGUUUGAACGCGCCGACAGACAAAACCAUGUGUCCAUGCGGAAACUGAGCGACGACGAGUAUCCCCUCUAUUUGCGCUUGUGUGCAGGACCAAGUGAAAAGGUCUUGAGCCUGGUCCUCAAAGAGAAUGAGACCGGCGACGUGAACUGGGAUGCCUUCAGUUUUCCAGAGUUGUGCAACUUCCUACGUAUACUACAGCGUGAGGAAGAAGAACAUGUCCGGCAGAUAGUGAGGCGCUACGCUCGCACCAGGGACAUGAUGAAGCAGGCCAUGGCGAGGAUUACUGCUCCUGCUUGACGUUUGGGUGGGUGGGGGCGGUAUUUAGUAACAAAGGGAAAUUUAUCAGGCUUGGAAAUGUUUGAACAAAGUUUACUAAAAGUGCAGAGACACUGAAUAUUAAACCUUUAUCUUAAUGUUUCUUUGUGAGUAAUGCCAGUGUGAAUAGUUUAACUGGAUUCCUUUUUUUUCUGAGAAUAAUGCUGCUUUGUUUAUAUUAUUUAUAGUUAGUUCAAAAUCACAUUUAGUGUGUAAACUUUAUAUCAUUGUAGUUUUGUUUAGUACAACACACCUCACCACUUGGCACUUUAGAGAACCUGUGGAAAUGCGUGUUUGUGUGUGCGUGUCUAAUAAAUUUAUGAUAU